AUGACCCUGCAGGGAAGCAGCAUGACUGAGUGUCCAAGCAAAAUAGACACACAAAAUCUCACAGGUGUCUCUGAAUUCCAACUCCUGAGCCUUUCCGAGGAUCCAGACCUGCAGCCCAUCCUCUUUGGACUGUUCCUGUCCAUGUACCUGGUCACAGUGCUUGGGAACCUGCUCAUCCUAGCGGUCAGAUCUGACCCCCACCUCCACACCCCCAUGUACUUCUUCCUCUCCAACCUGUCCUUGGCUGACAUCGGUUUCAUCUCUAACACAGUCCCAAAGAUGCUGGUGAACAUCCAGACUCACAGCAGAGUCAUCUCCUACAUGGGUUUCCUGACACAGAUGUCUCUUUUUGCCAUUUUUGUCUGUAUGGAUGAUAUGCUUCUGACUGUGAUGGCCUAUGACCAGUUUGUGGCCAUCUAUUACCCCCUGCAGUAUUCAGUUAUUAUGAGCCCUCACCUCUGUGGCUUCUUAGUUUUGGUGUCUUUCUUGCUGAGUCUUUUGGACUCCCUGCUGCACAGUUUGAUGAUUUUAAAAAUUACCAGCUUCAAGGAUGUGGAAAUUUCUAAUUUCUUCUGUGACACUUCUCAACUUCUGAAUCUUUCCUGCUUGAACACCUUCUCUGAUAACAUUGUAAAAUAUUUACUUGCUGCCAUAUAUAGCCUUUUUCCCAUCUCAGGGAUCCUUUUCUCUUACUACAAAAUUAUUUCCUCCAUUCUGAGGAUCCGAUCCUCAGGUGGGAAGUACAAAGCCUUCUCCACCUGUGGCUCUCAACUGGCAGUUGUCUGCUUAUUUUUUGGAACAGCCUCAGGGGUGUACCUUGGAUCAGCUGUGUCACAUUCUCCCAGAAAUGGUGCAGUGGCCUCAGUGAUGUACACUGUGGUCACCCCCAUGCUGAAUCCUUUCAUCUACAGCCUGAGGAACAGGGACAUUAAAAGGGCCCUGAGGAGGCUGCAAGCAGGAUGA